AUGCCAAUACUGUUAGAUUCACACAGUAAAGGUCCCGGAGCUUCCAGCAUCCAAAACUCGGAAGCGAUCUUCCGGUCCGCUCCUAUGGGAUUGGUCCAGUUCUAUGUCACCAUUGAAUUGGCUCGAGAUAUGGUGUAUGCGUUAGGGAAGACGGGGAGUGUUCAUUUCCGGGACUUGAACCUGAAGCUUACGCCCUUCCAAAGGACGUUUGUCAAUGAGAUACGGAAGCUAGACGCCACCGACUCCCAAUUGAGUCAUCUAAGAUACAUUAUCGAUAAACAUGGAGUAGGCAAAGGCGAUCCCUACUACAACUUGGAUGAAGACAGCAUAGGGUUACCUACGUCAUCGGAGAUGGACGGACUUCGGAGCCAAGUAGCGGAGUUCUAUGACCGGGCCAAGCAGUUGGACGAAGCGUAUAACCAAUUGGACAGUCAACGGUUGGCCUUACAGGAGAAUAAGUAUGUUGUAAUUGCCGUUAAUGAUUUCCAAAAGUCGAGCUUAUUGGGGGGAGGAGACGAGUAUCGUUCCCGGAUGUCUCUGUUUGAAGAUAUUCCUGAAGAGGCGGCCAAUUUGUUGAACAGUUCCAAUACUAAUGUGUUGAUGGAGGAAGGCAUGGCAGGAGAGGCCACACUGAUGGAAGAGUUUGGGUUUAAUAUGGUUGUUGGUUCCUUGGCCAGAGAGAAGGUGUCUAUAUUGCGGAGCAUCUUAUGGAGAACCACUAGAGGGAAUAUGUAUUUCAAGGACAUUCCCAUGGAGGACGAAGAGUUCAAUGGUGGUGGGUCUACAGCCGACGAAAAAGUCUACAAGAAUGUGAUUCUUGUGUAUGUUCAUGGUGAGUAUUUAAAGCUGCGGACAUUGAAGAUCAUUGCGUCGUUGAAUGGUAAGGUCUUUGAUAACGUUCGAGGUGGGACGUCUGUAAGGUUGCAGACGUUGGACGAACUCACACUGAAGAUAGGAGAUUUAAAUACGGUGAUUGAAGAGACUUUGAACCAUUUACGUACGGAGUUGACUCUACUACAAGAUUCAUUUGCUAAGUUUGCGUAUAUCAUUAAACGAGAGAAAAUGGUGUAUGAUACUCUCAACAUGUUUGAUCAAGAUAGUACCAGAAGAUGUUUAGUGGGGGAAGGUUGGAUACCUAAAGCUGAAUAUUGGUCCACCCGUCAAAUCAUCAAGAACUUGGUACGAGAUAAAACAAGCAGAUCUUUGAUUGGAACAGAGUUCGAUCUGAUAGAGUCAAUUGAAUUAAAUGAUAAUAAUGUUAGUGGUAGUGAGCUAAUAAGAGGUCCUUCUUUGGUUAAUAUAGCAAAUGAUAAUCAUUUGUUUGUGUUAGGGAAUGAUGAUGAAGAUCACAGUGUGAACCCACAUAAUAGAUAUACUCCUUUUGAUGAUGAUACUGAUGAGGAUUACAGUACAAGUCUUGUGGCCGUUAUGAAUGAAUUAUCAACUAACAAAACUCCACCUACUUACCAUAAGACAAACAAGUUCACUUCGGCUUUCCAGCUGAUCAUUGAUGCCUAUGGAAUAGCCACAUACCAAGAGGUCAAUCCGGGUUUAGCUACCAUUAUAACUUUCCCAUUCAUGUUUGCCAUUAUGUUUGGUGAUUUGGGACAUGGGUUUAUACUUUCGUUGAUGAGUUUAUAUCUUGUUUCCAACGAGAAGGCUUUUGGUCUGAUGAGGAAUAAAGAUGAGAUUUUUGAAAUGGCUUUCAACGGUAGGUAUAUUUUACUUUUAAUGGGGAUUUUCUCGAUGUACACUGGGUUCAUUUAUAAUGAUAUUUUUUCCAAAUCAAUGACUAUAUUUAAGUCUGGAUGGGCUUGGGAAUUUCCUGAAGGGUACUCAUAUGCUCGUGAUGGUGCAAUUACUUUAAUAGCUAAGAAAAUUCCAGGAAAGACUUAUUGGAUGGGACUUGAUUGGGCAUGGCAUGGAGCAGAGAAUAACUUACUAUUCACAAAUUCUUAUAAGAUGAAACUAUCGAUUUUGAUGGGAUUUGUUCAUAUGAAUUACUCUCUAUUCUUCAGUUUGGUCAAUUAUCGAUUCUUUAAAUCCAAAGUCGAUAUUAUUGGGAAUUUCAUACCAGGAUUUUUGUUUAUGCAAAGUAUCUUUGGUUAUUUAACCUUAACCAUUAUAUAUAAAUGGUCUGUUGAUUGGCUUGGGAAGGGCUGGCAACCUCCUGGAUUGUUAAACAUGUUAAUCAACAUGUUUCUUUCUCCAGGUAACAUCGAAGAACCAUUAUAUCGAGGUCAAAAGUAUAUACAGUUGGUUUUGGUGGCCAUAGCCUUAAUCUGUGUUCCUUGGUUACUCUUGUAUAAACCAUUGACAUUGAGGAAACAGAACAAACAAGCCAUUGAAUUGGGAUAUUCCGAUCUUCGGUCACAAAUGUCCCAUAACCUUCAAAUGCAUGAAGAGGAGGAAGCAAUUAAUUUUGAAAACAAUAUACCCCAAGAAGAUUUAGACUUUGAAAUCUUAACUGACGAUGAUGAGAACAGUGAGUUCAGAUUCCCCAACGACAUAGAGCAAAUGCACCACAGUGCUCAUGGAGGAGGGGGUGGCCAUGGUGGAGGUGACUUUAACUUUGGUGACAUUGUCAUCCAUCAAGUCAUUCAUACAAUUGAAUUCUGUUUGAAUUGUGUUAGUCACACAGCAUCUUACUUGAGAUUAUGGGCCUUAUCUUUAGCCCAUGCUCAAUUGUCGUCGGUGUUGUGGUCAAUGACCAUUCAAAAUGCUUUUGGAACCACAGGAACCAAAGGAAUCUUUAUGACGGUGGUGUUAUUUGGCAUGUGGUUCCUGUUAACAGUUUGCAUCUUGGUGUUGAUGGAAGGUACAUCUGCCAUGUUACAUUCUUUAAGAUUACACUGGGUUGAAGCAAUGUCCAAGUUCUUUGAAGGUGAAGGCUAUGAAUAUCAACCUUUUACUUUUAAUGCCAUUGACCUUUAG